UGCGAUAGUAAAUAUAAAAGUUAACUUUUCUUUUCCUAUAUAAAGAUUGAGAAAUUAGUUUAUCAGAAGCAUGUGAGUGUUUUUUCUGUAGCUGUGCUAAGGAUAGGAUGGAAGCAUUGGAUUUGAAAUCCUAUAAAAGGGAAGAUGAAGUUGAGAAGAAGGAAAUAUCAAAAAAUGAAGGGGUUAUGCGAUCAGAGGAUUCAUUGAGAUGUUGCUCAUGCUUCAGCUUUUUGUUUCCUUCAGGGAGCCAUUUUGAUCUAUUUCGGGUUUUUCGGAAGAAAUAUGAAGAGGAUUUUGAAAAGUCGCAACUAGCAAAGGAACCAGGGAAAAGGAACUUGAACAAUCCCCUGGACGUCCAGGGGAUUGUUAGGCAUCCUCCUAUUGGGGGGGUGCCUGCACGUCGUGUUCGAGAGGCGCCAAACAAUCCCCUGACCGGGAUUGCUCAAUCAGCACUGCGCAAGGAACCAAGUGGUAUAACUGUGAUUAAAGACCACCAGAUAUUAGAUCAACUCGAUGUUAGAGUCGGUGCAGCUAAGCGGUCAUCAAGUUCCACGACACCUGACUUCAAGAAACCUGUUAAGCCAGUAAUUGUUCGAAAGUGAUCUCUUUCGAUAUGUUUUUUAUCUUUCAAAAGCUACAUCUAAGGCAAUUACUAUAUCACAUUGUGUUGAAAUUAUAUUCCCAAGUUCCAACAUUUUAUAUUUAUUUAUCUGAAGUUUAUAGA